AUGUACUACAAAUGUGGGUGCUUGAUCAAUGCCCACAAAGCGUUUGAUGAAAUGCCUGUUAAAGAUGUGGUCAACACGGCUGCGCUUAUAACUGGUUACUCACAGAAUGAUCAUCCUAAAGAGGCAUUGGAGUUGCUUCCUAAAAUGCUCGUACUUGAAUUGAAACCUAACGAGUUUACUUUUGCGAGCCUUUUGAAGGCCACUGGUUCUGCUGCAAAUGUUGGAAUUGGGGAACAAAUUCAUGCUUUAAGUGUUAAAUAUUCUUGCAACUUGAAUGUGUUUGUUGGGAGUUCAUUGUUGGAUAUGUAUGCACGUUUUGGGAAGAUGGAUGAGCCUUGUUUUGUGUUUGAUCGGUUGGAUUCCAAGAACAAAAUCUCAUGGAAUGCUCUAAUUGCUAGAUAUGCAAGAAAAGAAGAAGGCGAGGAGGCUCUUAAAAUGUUAACUAUUUUACGAUUGGAAAUAAUGCCACCUAGAAAGUACAAAUCUGGAUGUUUGAAGAGGAAACAAAAAAAGGAGGAGGAACAAUUGACUCGAUCACAACGAGGUGCUCUUGACAGGUUCUUUGUCAGAGAACAUCCAAUUAUUUCAACUGAAGAUUUAGUUGAUGAAGAUGAUGGCAAUGAUAAUGAGGAUAUGAUUGAAGUUGGGGGACUUGAUGAAAAUCACGGUGAUGAUCCAAGUCCUAAUGAGAAUGAUGGCAAUGCAGAUGUUGAUGGUAUGAAUCACAAUGAGAAUGGUGAUACCGAAUCUGAUGAAGAAGGGCUUAAUGAGAAUUUGGAUACAGUUCUUUAUGACUUAAUUGAGGAACCAAGUGAGCAAGUUCUAGCGAACCUUUAUGAUCCUAGAGUUUGGAUAGUCUGGAUGAUAAAUGGAGAGAUCUGUUAG